AUGAAGGAGUCUGCGGAGUACGCGGAGUGGGCGCAAGACUCGGCCGCUGAAGCCCUCCAGAAGGUGGGCAGCCUGAUGUCCCGUGUGAAGCGGGGCCUCCCCGCCGAGAUCCGGAACGUUAUGGCUGAGGAACGCGCCGCGAAUGCCCCAGACCGCAGUGUCUUGCAGAAGGCGGAUCGGGCUCCCGCGAAGGGGCGCAGCCGUGGAGCGGCGGACGGUGCGGCGGCAGAGCUCCCAGCGGAGAAGGCGGUGAUGCCAGGAGAGGCAGAGGCAGUUGCGAAGGGGGCAGGGGCGACAGACCGUCUGCAGAAUGCCCCUGAGCCGGCUCCUUCCUCAGGUGCGCUCCGAUGA